CGACACUUCAUGAGUGCAAAGUAAUCUUACUGCUUGACAAGCUACUCAGGCACUUUGGCAUUUCAGUGAUCGCCGUGCCACAAGUUCCUCCCUCGAGUUUUGGUAUGACCCGGCCUGCAUGCAAAUCAGAGAUGUUAAAACAGGUAUCACACCUCUCUCCUGUUGCAUGUGCAUGAUGAGAAGAAUGCUAGACUUUGGUCUCCUUUCGGCACAAUGAUAGCAGUCGAGUGGAGAACUUUUAUUUCACGUCUGCUCGGAUAUGAGUCAGAAGGAGAAAACUUUACUCUUCGUGGCUCUCCUUUGUUCCUAAAUAAUCCUCUGGAUUGUUUUUUUUUGGGGAUUUGAAUAUUGGCAUGAGCUCUUCUGAAGAAGCAUGGACAAAUUCACCGUUGCGGCUGUCUUGCUUUUCGUCACAGCGGGUGUGAGCGCUCAAGUGAUGGUACCCCUGAAGGAGACGGUGCUCCAAAACACUGACGCCAAGUUCAACUGCAGCGUGACGGCGCCUGGCUGGUCUGUCAUGGCCUGGACAGUGAAUCAACGCUUAGUCCUUAAUAUUUUAGAGGACGUGGGUCCGAUCGGUAUUCUUAGUCGCUACUUUGCCACAAACUACACCACAGCAGGAGACUACAAAUGGGAGUUUAUGAUCAAGGGCGCCACAAUAAACGAUACUGGAAACGUGGGAUGUCAGGUGGAGAAAAGUCUGAUGGUGUCCGCUGCACUGACCGUCCAGCAGAAUGGCACAGUGGCGAUUACCUGGUCUAACCGGAUAGCUACAGAAGGAGAUCAGGUCACGUUCCAGUGUCUGGCAGCAGGCUGGUUACCUGCAGCGCAGCUUUCCUGGUCAGUGAACGGCACACUGGUGGAUAUAGGGCUCUAUAAUACGAGCUCGGUGGCAAACGGGACUCUCAUGAACUCCAACAGCACUCUCAAAAUCACCGCCAAGAGCAAUGUUUCCGUGGCCUGUCUGGCGACCAUUUCUACUCUCCCAUCGCCUGAAAUCAGCACCGUCUUCCUGACCGUCCAGAAGGCCGUGCCGCCGCUACCCAUAGACCGGACCGUGUUAAUAGCGAUCACCGUGGCCUUCAGCCUGGCCGCACUUUUAGUCCUCCUCAUCAUCGGCAUCAUCUUCUGCUGUAGGAGGCGGAGGAAAAAGAGAUCAAGGUAUCAGGAUGAAGUGAGAGCACGCGCUGUAGCGCAAGCCGCAUACACUGAGAGAGGACGGGUACGGGAGAACUUUGGCUAUGUUGAAGACAGUCCCAGUGUAGCUGACCUUGACGGGGUGUACACCAUCGGCGGCUUCCAGCGAGGCAGUUAUUUCAACAAUAUUCAGAUUCCUGAGGUGAAUUCUAGCCGAUACUCCAGCGGUCCUUCUUACGACGGUUAUUCCCUCGAUGAUCCCGGGCUCCAAAAACACAGACAUCAGACUAUCGUGUAAAUGGACCAAGAGCUUAAUUUUUAAUUUUUUUUCAAAACAACGUACAGAAGUCUUAACUUAUUGCGUAAGUUAUAUUAUAUGUUCAUCGUGCACUGAUAAUACAAGCAUAUGUAUUUUAAACUUCUAUGUAAAGUAUAUAUUUUUAUUUAAUGUCAGAAAAUGUUUCAUAACUGCAUGGUGUACAAAAAGGGCUAUAUGAGAUGCAUACGAGGUUUGAUGACCUGUUUACGUGCACAGAUCGCAUACGCUGCUUCAAGUUACAGUUCAAAGGAGGCUUUCUAAUAGAACUGUGAUAAUAAUUCAUGUUUCCGUGAAUAUGAACACAGAACAGUGGUAAGAUUGCUUAUCAGAAGCGACAAUUGUGGUCAGUGUUCUUAUCAGGUGUUGGAAGGAACAUUUGAAGCUCUUAGAAGACUUAUUCAAAGUCAUUAUGGUUUUUGAGAACGGAUACAGUGUCACAGAAAAAGGAGCAGUGAGUUCGUUUAUAAACGAACAUUUAUAUGAUUGGGUAAUAAAACAAAGCAUUAAUUUAGCUAUACUAGGACAUAUUCAGAUUCGGAGUUAAUAAAUGAAAAACAAAUGACCACCUUCUCCAAUUGCUACAGACCUUUGUUAUACAGUAAAAGGCUCGAACCGUAUCCUAGGUCCUUCUCUCAGGCUUUUAUGUGAGUAUGUUUAUUCAUACAGUGUCCUAGCUGCUAAUAAUCUACCUGAAUAAGCUACAGGAGUGAUGUUUCUGUGAUGCACUUUUUUAAACAUUCUCUCUACACUAGGUACUUCUUAAAACUCAGCUUUUUCACUGGUGUUUGAGAUGGAUCCAAAUAUAAUGGUGGAAAAAUCGAAAAAAUUGUUCGUUCACUAUAACGUCAAUAGAUAAAUUUCUACAUGCAAUAAAAUGAACGAGUCUGUGUCGACACUG